AUGACACCCCACCAAACUUCUCCACCUCCACCUCCAUCAACAAAUCUUCCUCCACCACCUCCUCCGUUAUCUCAUCUUCCACCUCACACUCCUUCAUCAUCUUCUAGUUCUCCUCCCCAAUCUGAUGCUACCAAAAAUGGGGAGAAUAAUCAUGGGUUUCCUAAUCAGCAAAUGCAAAUUGUGCGGCCCAUUCCAGACAUUGAUGAUCAAUUAGAGACCAAAGACUAUGAUGGGUUUCUUGAUCUUGGAUUUAUGCCACCAGCUGUUAUUCCUACUAUCCCUUUAAAUGUUAUCUACCCUGAUAUUACUUUAAGGGGGAGAAUUCUCAAGGAACUAAUAGUAACAUUGAUUCUGGUAAUGAUUAACUUAAUCCUUGAAAGAGGAAGGCUUCCAUCUCAAGGGGAGCUCAUUACAUUGAAGCUGGAAGUUCUACUGUUGAUGAUCCUUCAACACCCCUCCUUCCUAGAAAAGGAAGCUUAUUUUUUAUCUGAAUGA